AUGCCCAUCGAUAAGACCGAAAAGAAGCGCAAGCGCGCUUCCGAUAUCAAUGGUCGCCCCAGCAAAAAACCCGCCUUGGAGCUGCAAGCUCUUCCCCCGCUGAAAGCUAGUGUCGUCGAGGAUAAGAGCGAGCUGGCGCCGGUUAUUGCUACUACCCCAGGUGUUCAGAAUACCAAGUCUCUUCGUUGGGACCCGUAUAUCAAGUCCCGUGGAAAUGUCUCCAAGUCCGCCGCAAUCGCUCGCAAUCCUGGCAUUGUAUCCUCGGAGAUGCUGUUACAAUCUUCCCAGCAUCAAAAGAUGGAUUUCAUUGGUCGCGAGGGAACUGGUGAGGAUGCGGACUCUCAGUUGAAGCACUACGUUGCCGUCGUGGACCCCGAGCAAAAGACCUGGCAGCUCAUCGAAGCCCGGCGAGUCACCCUCCGCGGCGCUGUGCGCGCACGCAAGGCUGAGGAAGACUCGGAAUCCGAAGAUGAGAUGAACAACAUGCGGACGCAACGCGAGGCCCUCACCAACGAAUUCGGUACCAAGCAAUCCCGCAAAAUGGUGCAAUCCAGGGCCGAGAAUGCCCAGCUGUCAAGCGCGCCUGCUGGAUCCGUCACCGAGGCCGGUGCCGCCCUCAUGUCAUCCAUGCCGGCCGACGUCCUGUCCGGCACAGCCAAAGCCACCGAAUUACAGGCCGAAGUCCAAGCAGCCAAACCCCUACCUACUCCCAACCUUACUGCUGCCCAUCCCAACGACGUCUACCCUAUCGAAAACCUGGUUCCCGGCGGCCACUCUACUCUGCGCCAGUUGACCGGCGUCAGCGAGUGGAAGGAGCAAGUGGAAGCCGGCGUUGCAGUCGUGACUGUUUCACGAUACGUCUCGAACCGCGUCGUGGCAGUCGUCAAAUCCGAAAACCAAACCCAACUGCAAAUCCUCCGCUUCAUCCAGCUCCUGCUCGAAUUCGCCCGCUCCCUCAAGGGCGCUGGCCGGCAAGCCUCCUCCGGCCCCAACAGCAAGCGUCUGCCACCCCGUGAACUCCUCCGCAAGAUCCUCUCCAACACCACCGGCGCCACCCCCAGCGAGGGAGAAGAGUCGACCUCCGAGCUCCUCCCCGAAAACAUCGUCGAUGCCGUGCGCCGCCGCUUCGCCUCCGACGGCAGCACCCUCACUAAGCACGACAUCACCCUCCUCCACACCACCAUCUGCGCCUUCUCCCUGGGCGGCAACUUCCCCAACGAACUCGCAACUGACCCCUCCGAUCUCCGCGAUGACCUGCGCCUCGAUUCGGCCACCAUGCAGCAGUACUUCCGCGAGCUGGGCUGCCGCAUCGAGAGGCCUUCUCGGAAGGAGUAUAAGAAAUGGAAUGUCAAGGGUGGUCAGGCUGAAGCGAAUUUGCGCCGUGUUGCUCGCUUGCGCAUUCCGCUUGAAUUCCCUAAGGUUAAGCGUGGUGGUCGGGCUUAG